AUGGCCUCAGGGUAUCCGUUGCGGAUACCCGUUAUUUGCUGGCAGAUACCCGCCAGGCCCAGCGGAUACCCGCCAGAGGAUUUGGAUUUGGGUGUGGAUGCCCCAUUCUCCUUGGAAUCCUGGCGGGUAUACGGGUAUCUCCAUGGAUACCCGUCAGAGGGACCCAGCCUUGAGACCUUGUACAGUCUCGAGGCCAAGAGGAACCCCUCUCGGCCAAGACUGUACCGUCUCAAGGUCGACGAGGCACAACCUUGUCGACCAGAAGGUCUUCCUUCCAGCCGAGAGAAAUCAACCAAUACGGCUUCAGAAAUGGACUCUACGGACAAUUUCAGCCUAGGUCACCACUGGACGCAUCCUUGGAACACUCAUGGAUUGGAAGUUACACCUCUACGGACACAUAUCACAAAGCCAAUACCCGGUCAAGCACAUGUCACAAUCCUCAAAUCACCUCUCAGUUAUGCUUAUAAGCAGCUCACGGUAUACACAUAA